UUCAACCAAAGCACCAGAACUGAUGUUGUCAUGUGUACUGCUAUGAUUUCAGGGCUCGGUCUCAAUGGGAUGAAUAAUAAUGCACUGGAAAUUUUUAUAUGGUUACUUAAAGAGAAAAUGCGACCGAAUUCUCUAACCUUGGCAAGUGUUUUACCAGCUUGUGCUGGUUUGGUUGCUCUGAAAUUGGGAAAGGAAUUGCAUGGAAACAUCCUCAAGCAUGGGCUUGACGGAAGGCUCCAUCUGGGAAGUGCGCUUACAGACAUGUAUGCAAAAUCUGGAAGAUUGGAUCUUGCUCAUCAAGUUUUUGAAAGAAUGUUUGAAAGGGACACCAUUUGUUGGAACUCAAUGAUAACAAGCUAUUCCCAGAAUGGCAAGCCAGAAGAGGCCAUUGAUAUAUUUCGUCAAAUGGGGAUGGCAGGUGCCAAGUAUGACUGUGUAAGCAUUUCAGCUGCUCUUUCUGCUUGUGGAAACUUACCGGCACUUCAUUAUGGGAAAGAGAUUCAUGGUUUCAUGAUUAGAAGUGCAUUUAGGUCUGAUCUGUUUGCUGAGAGUGCACUGAUAGACGUGUAUGCCAAAUGUGGAAACUUAGUUCUUGCUCGCCGUGUGUUUGACAUGAUGGAAGAGAAGAAUGAAGUUUCCUGGAACAGCAUUAUUUCUGCUUAUGGGAGUCGCGGUUGCCUUCAGGACUCUCUUGUCCUGUUUCGUGAAAUGUUGGGUAAUGGGAUCCUGCCUGAUCAUGUCACCUUUCUUGGUAUAUUAUCUGCUUGUGGCCAUGCAGGCCAAGUUGAUGAUGGAAUUUUCUACUUCCGUUGCAUGAUUGAGGAAUAUGGGAUCCCAGCUAGGUUGGAGCAUUAUGCUUGCAUGGUAGAUCUAUUUGGGCGUGCUGGACGUUUAAGUGAAGCAUUUGAAACAAUAAAGAGCAUGCCAUUCUCCCCAGAUUCUGUUGUCUGGGGAACAUUGCUUGGAGCUUGUCGGGUCCAUGGCAAUGUUGAGCUUGCUGAAGAGGCAUCAUGACAUCUUUUUGACGUAGAACCACAAAAUUCUGGGUAUUAUAUACUACUCUCAAAUAUACAUGCUGAUGCUGGAAAAUGGGGGAGUGUGCUUAAGGUUAGAAGUUUGAUGAAGGAAAGAGGAGUUCAGAAGGUUCCUGGGUACAGUUGGAUCGAGGUUAACAACAGAACUCAUAUGUUUGUUGCAGCAGAUGGAAGUCACCCACAGUCUGCUCAGAUAUAUUCAAUGCUCAAGAGUCUUCUUCUUGAACUGAGAAAAGAGGGUUAUAAUCCUCAACCCUAUCUUCCUACACAUCCACAAACAUCGGGGAUGUAAUUACUGGAAAGUUUCAUUGUCUCCUCUAAUCCUAGCAACUUCAGGAUUAGGAUGGUGCUGGCUCUGUGAAUUAUGGUAAGUCAGGGAAUGAAAGGUUGUUGAACUAUUCUAUUUUACCAAUUGCUAGAUACAUUUUUUAUUUGCGUACUC